GAAAAAAGAUUGCAACGGGUGGAAAAUUUGGUGUCCCAGCUUGUACCUGGGGCAGACAUCGAUGAGCUUUUAAACUCGCCCGAAGUUGCGAAGGCCGUAACGCCAUCUGCAAACAAUGUUGGGACACAGGCCCAUGAAGUUUCGAGGACAAUAUUGCCUACCAGUCCGCAAAGAGAAGGCAGAUCUGAAUCACAUGAUCCCGUUCUUCCAGAGGCGGUUCCAUAUAGCGCUGACGGAUUCAACUGGCAAGAAGAGGACGUGACCGUUGACGGCCUAACAGACGGCAUGGCAGCUUUGUCUGUUGAGCCUACCGGUGUCGGGUAUCUUGGCAAGUUUAGUUCUACUUCCGGAGUUGUUUUCCUACGCUGCCUGCUGGAUUGGGCAGGCUUUCUCAACCAAACUCGGAUACCGGCGCAAGAGUCAAUGAAACAAGCAACAGGGAAUAUCAAAAGCAUAAUUGCAUCGUCUCAGCUCUCUCAUGCUGCGCUAACUACCCAAGUUGCUUCUACCUUGAUGGAUACGUAUUUCCAAGACUACCAUGUGUGCUAUCCGUUCGUGCAUGAAGGCACAUUUCGAGCACAGUAUAGUGAAAUCAUCCCCCGCCCACCUCAGAGAUCGUGGGACAUGCUUUACCACACCAUCCUUGCUCUUGGGGCAUGGAGCCUGAACAAUGACCAAGUAGGUUUGGAAGAUUACCUGUAUCGAAGAGCACUUACACUAGGCCAACACGAGUCGGUAUUUGAGGCAGCAAAUCUGGCCACUGUUCAAGCGCUUGUGCUCCUGAGCAAUCUAAGCCAAAAGAGAAAUAGCCCGAACACGGGGUGGAAUCUACUUGGUCUUGCAGUUCGUACAGCACUCAGCCUCGCAUUGCAUAGAGAGCUCCCACAAUGGAACAUCAGCUUAAUGGAUCGCGAAAUAAGACGCCGCGUUUGGUGGGGUCUAUACAUAUUCGACAGUGGCGCGUCGACUACCUUCGGCAGAGCGAUUAUGCUGCCAGACCAAGAUUCAAUGAACGUACAUCCGGUCCUGAACGUUGAUGAUGAAUCUCUUACACCGAAGACAAUUGAGUUACCAGAAGAAUCACUUGGUCCAACUUUUUAUUCGUCAUUGAAAACCCAGAGCGACUUACACAUGCACACCAACCAUGUAUCCAACAGACUACUUGCAGAUCCUGGUCUAUCCGCAGAAGCAGCUUUGUCUAUCAAUUCCGGCAUGGACGCAUGGACACUUACCAUGCCAAUGUACUUUCGCUUCGAUCAUGAGUUCUCAUGUCCUUAUCGUUGGUAUCUCUUCGCCCGGUCACGGAUUUGGUGGAGGUUCUGGAAUCUUAAGAUCAUCAUAUUUCGCCAUAUUCUAUUGCGACGAGCGAUUGCCGGGCGGGGUCAGACGUUGGAUGCCGCUACGCAAUCUAUGGAGGAAGAGUGCAAGAAGAUAUGCAUUGCGGCUGCACAUUCAACGAUAAUUUCGAUCCAUCAGUACUCAAUCCAAGGCUCCACUAGAUUGGAAAGCUGGUACGCAACUUUCUUUCUAUUUCAUGCUGCUCUAGUCAUCACGCUUAGUAUCAUCAGCUUCCCCAAUGCGGAUGAUCUAUCAACUUGGUAUGACGAUGUUCGACUGGCCAGAUCCACAUUUCGUGAGAAUCUCAUCGAGGACUCCCUAUCAGCACGGUGUGUUACUAUCCUUGAUCGGCUAGUUUCUGACGACCCCAUUGACUCCAAUUUCUUCAACAAUGUCCCUCUUGAUCGGGAUGCCAUGUCUACCUUCCCUUGGUCUAUGGAAGCGAAUGAACUCUUUGACUCGUUUGACUGGGAUUUGACAACGAAUCAUGUCUGA